GGGCCUGUGAACCAGCAGCAGGCCUCGCCACAGCAGCCAGCAGACACGCCGGCGGCAGCGGUCCGAGAGGAGCUGAGUUCGGGAGGACGUGACUGUGACUGACGGGGCCGGGCCGACUGAAGAGCGACUGAAACUUCACUGCCAACAUGUCCGACGACGAGCAGGAGCAGACCAUAGCCGAGGACCUGGUGGUCACCAAAUACAAGAUGGGUGGGGACAUCGCCAACCAGUCUCUCCGCCUAGUAAUUGAAGCAGCAAAACCAGGGGCCUCCGUCCUCAGCCUGUGUGAGAAGGGUGAUGUCUAUAUCAUGGCGGAGACUGGAAAGGUCUUCAAGAAGGAGAAGGACAUGAAGAAAGGCAUUGCCUUUCCUACCAGCGUCUCAGUCAAUAACUGUGUUUGCCACUUCUCUCCCCUGAAGAGUGACCCUGACUACACACUUAAAGAUGGGGAUCUGGUCAAAAUUGAUCUUGGUGUUCAUGUUGAUGGCUUUAUUGCAAACGUUGCUCACACCUUUGUCGUUGGAGCCAGUAAGGAAAACCCUGUUACGGGCCGUAAGGCUGACGUCAUCAAAGCAGCCCAUCUGUGUGCAGAGGCAGCUCUACGCCUUGUAAAACCUGGUAACCAGAAUACUCAAGUGACCGAAUCCUGGAACAAGAUCGCACAGUCGUUCAAAUGUUCACCUAUCGAGGGUAUGCUGUCUCAUCAGUUAAAGCAGCAUGUCAUAGAUGGAGAGAAGACCAUCAUUCAGAAUCCAACAGAUCAACAAAGGAAGGACCAUGAGAAGGCAGAGUUUGAAGUUCAUGAAGUUUAUGCUGUUGAUGUUUUAAUUAGCACCGGAGAAGGGAAGGCCAGAGAUUCAGGUCUGAGGACCACGAUUUAUAAGAGGGACCCGAGUAAACAAUAUGGCUUGAAGAUGAAGACCUCUCGUACGUUCUUCAGUGAGGUUGAACGACGCUUUGAUGCCAUGCCGUUCACUCUGAGGGCUCUUGAAGAUGAAGCCAAAGCCCGUCUUGGGGUUGUAGAGUGUGCCAAACAUGAAUUGCUACAACCGUUCAGUGUGCUACAUGAGAAGGAAGGAGAGUUUGUCGCUCAGUUUAAGUUCACGGUGCUGCUGAUGGCCAACGGCCCUCACAGAAUCACUAAUGGACCUCUUGAUCCAGAGUUCUACAAGUCAGAGCAUGAAGUUCAGGAUGCAGAGCUAAAGACUUUACUACAAAGCUCUGCAAGCCGUAAAACACAGAAGAAGAAGAAAAAGAAGGCCUCAAAGACAGCAGAAACUGCAACUGCACAACCGACUGAGGAGACACAAGCUGCAGAUUAAACACUGCCUUCCCACACGCAAGACCCCAAAGAAAACGAGAAACAAAAACAAAAACUUCCCUGAGCUCUCGGCCCAUUAUACAUGACGGAGCAGAUUUGAUGGAUUAAUCUGAUGAAUUCAUAAAAGCAUCACUAUCGGGUAAAACAGUGGAAAUAUGUGGAAAUCUUACGUAGGUGUUUAACCCUUUACUGCAUUGGUGUUAAAUAUCAUUUGGAGUCUUUCUUUCUUGGCCUCAUCGAGAAAUAAAGAAAACUUUCAAUUGAUUUUUAAAUCCUGGUUACAGAAUGGUGACAAAUAUUUGAUCUUUAUUUUUAAAAAUACAAUACUUCCAUUUUUUUGUAGCUGAUUGUUUUUGUUUAGUCAAUUAGCUUUAGUUAUCCGACAGUGUGUCUGUUACUUUCAUGGCGUCGCAUGUUACUACCUGUUUCCUUUUGAUCAGCCAAGUCAGUCUCUGUCAUUUAAACUUGUUUGAAAUAUCAGCCUGAUAUUCUUAAGCACACUUUGUCAUCUUGUACUUGUUUGAAUUUUGAAAGAUGAUUAUUUUAUUCAUUCAGCGCAUUAUUAAACUGAGCUUUUCAUUUACAGUGGUUCACAUAAGAUUUUUCUUACCCGUAUGAUGCAGUAAAGGGUUAAUUUACGUUUUUGUUGCAUCCAUUAAUUGAGGCAACUGUUGAAUAAUCUGGCUUUUUAAAACUGUCUCUGAAUAGAAAUGGUUUGCUCAAAAUUACAUAUUGUGACAGUAAGUAGAUAUGAACAUGGUUUUGGCUGGAAUGCCAAUGAUUGAUCACUGGAUUUAAAAGCAAUAACUCAAGACAAGUGAAUAUUUUUUAAGUAUUUAAGCAAGAAAACAAUGUUGUCAUCAACUUGACUUUAGGGAACAAACUGCUACAUUUACUGCCAUUCCCCUUGAUUUUUUUAUGGUAAAGCUGUAAGUAUACUGUGUGUUCUAGUUUUAAAAAAAAUCUACUUUUCUAUCAUUGACACCAGUGACUUGCUUUACUACGUCAUUAGUCUUGUGAAGCAUGGAAACUAAAACUUAUUAGGUUUGUGGAAAAUGUGCUUUUGGAGAGUCUUCUGACGAGUUGGACCAGUCAAUUACAUUAUCAGUUUAAUUUUGAAGUCAGGGAUCUUGUUGGGUCGCUUUUGUCUAUGAAUAAAUAUGUUGGGAAAACAAACUCCUCUUUAGCUCAACUACAGGAGAAUGGAACUUCCCAUCUUAUGAAAUAAAGAAGAAAAAAGUUUUCAUACC